CACGUCUAGGGAGACAUGUAUUGACCAUAAUAAAGCGAAUCAACCACUGCCAUGUACCAAUCGGCUGCGCCCGGGCAAUGACCUCACAGGGUUCAUGCUUACGAUAGUGCUCCAUGCAUUGCGUCUCCAACUGUCCCCCAUACCACUAUGGUCUACGAGAUUAAGCUUCUGACGUUUGUUUGAUCGCUUCGAUCGUCUUUCAAACCUCAUAACAUAGCUCUGUCCUCCGACAGUAGCAACAGACUUGCAUAAUGCGAGUGUUACGCGUCAUUUCGUUGCUGCCCAUCGCCGGUGCGCUCAAUAGUAGAGAUGAAGCUCAUAACGCAAAGCGCAUUGCAAUAAUAGGAGCCGGAGCAGGCGGCUCGUCCGCAGCGUACCAUUUGGCGCAGUAUGCCACCGAAGCAUCCAUCCCCACGAACAUUACCGUUUUCGAGCGCAACUCCUAUGUCGGCGGCCGAACUACCACAGUUAACGCAUGGGAUGAUCCGAACACUUCCGUAGAGCUUGGCGGCUCUAUCUUCGUCGAGGUCAAUCACAUCAUGGUGGAAGCUGCGAAGAGAUUCAACCUGUCGGCUGCAGAACACAAUGUCGCAACACGGUUACAGAUCCCAGACCUGGGAAUUUGGAAUGGAAAAGAGUUCGUCAUAAUUACACGCGCAGAUGAGGAUACUUGGUGGGACAAAGCGAAGUUGCUCUGGAGAUACGGUACCGCGCCGUUAUGGACAAACAGGUUAAUGAAGAGCGCUGUAGGAAAGUUCUUGUCCAUUUAUGAUGAGCCGAUCUUUCCGUGGAAAAGCCUGAGUGAUGUCGUUGAACAAGUGGGACUGCUAGAGGUUACGGGGGUGACGGGUGAACAGUAUCUCAAGGCUAAUGGCAUUGGCGAGGCAUUUGCAAAGGAGAUCAUCCAAGCAAGUACCCGCGUCAACUAUGCCUCGAACUUGCCAUAUAUUCACGGCCUGGAAACAAUGGUCUGUAUGGCUACGAACGGUGCGAUGCAAAUUAAGGGCGGGAACUGGCAGAUCUUCGCCAACAUGCUGGACUCCUCAGGAGCAACAGUCCACCUCAACACCACUGUCGCCAGAAUCUCAAAACAAGAGGAUGGCACUUACGUGACCAGUACGAGCACUGGUCAUACCGCGACAUAUGACGAAGUCAUUCUUGCAGCGCCUCUACAGUAUUCAGACCUCGUCAUUGACCCUGCCCCCGAACAUGUUCCAGACGAAAUCCCAUAUACAAAGUUGUUUGUGACGCUGUUCGCAUCGCCUUUUAGGUUGGAUCCGAAAGCAUUCAAUCUAGGCGCAGACAAGCCUGUCCCGCAAUACGUUCUCACCACGCUCCCGGACAACGAAGAGCCACAAGACAAUGUCGGUUCGCCAGGCUUCUUCAGCAUCUCCAUUUUGGAUCAAGGAAUUAACCCCCAUUCCUCCACCCCCCGACCAGAAUACAUCUACAAAAUAUUCAACCACGAGCGUGUCACUCCCAAGAUCCUCACUUAUAUCCUCGGCCACGAUGUCUCAGACGACGAAGCCGAGCACGGCGAUGUUAAUGGAGCGGUCAGCUGGAUAUACCACAAGGUUUGGUAUUCGUACCCAAAGGAGUAUCCGCGCGUUACGUUUGAGGAAAUUAAGCUCGAUGAGGGAUUGUGGUACACGAGUGGAAUUGAGAGCUUCAUUAGCACCAUGGAGACGAGUGCUUUGAGUGGCAAGAAUGUGGCGAGGUUGAUUCGGGAUGAGUGGGUUGCGAAGAAGGCUGACGGGGAGCUGGGUGGAAAGAGCGAGAAGGCUGAAGAAGUCUUUCAGGAGGAACUGUGAAUUCGCCAUGGCACAGAGCGAACGAGGAGAGGCUUGGCUAAGCUUUAUCAUUAUCCUUCAGCACGUUUUGAUAUAUUAAUUCUAGGCGGCGUCCCGGCAUGUUAAGUCCAGACCUUGGAUCUCAACUCACUUACACGCGGUGAACAGGCCCUUUCUAAAGAUUGGCAUAAGCUUCCCCGAAUUACCCGUGUACCUCCCUUGACAUCUCAAACCAUUCCUGCCAGCUACUGUCCAGAUGUCAUCCAAUUAUCCGCAGUCUCUAGGUCACUCACAAGUGGUAUUGAAGCAAAUUGUAACAAUGUAAAAGGGUAAGCCAUGAAGAUCAAGUCACCACAUAUCUGCGUCUCACUUCAACGGCAGUGUUGCCGACUCUCCAAAAUUGAUUUUAAAUAUAAUACCUGAAUUUUAAGGACUUUAGAGCACUUGCCAGCUUCCCUCCUCAUCGCCAG